AUGUCUUCACGUGCUUAUGUGCCGCCACACGUGACCGACGAGGCUGACGAAUCAACGGCCGCCACUCCUGCCUCCCUCGAAAGUUUCUCGUGGUCUUCUCUUUCGAGCCUCAAACCAACACCUGCAGACACCGAUCUCGCAAGUCCCGCUGAUGAGAACGAAGAGUUUGACAGCGAAUACACAUCUUCUUCGUGGUCGACUCCGGGGUAUUUCGAUUCCGCGAGAUUCUACGUCUUCCCGUCGGCGGUCACAGAGACGUGGGAUGUUCAGUGCGAAUGUGGUGGCGUCUCUCCCCACUACCAUCAUCGUCACAACACAAUGAACGGAGCUGCUGGUCCUCCGCCCGGCGGUGAGGGGACCACAGCAUCGACCUCAUCCAACACGUCUACCGCAGGAGGGGGCCCGCCCAAGCGCGGUGGUCCACUACCCAACCACGUCCAAGUCGCCAAGUCUUACGUCUUUGAGCAGGAGAUCCAGAAAUGUCUUAAGGAGAACGGCGUCAGCCAGGCGAGAGAGGAUAAUCUGAGGCUCGCCGGAGUACAGUGGAUUGAUAAUGUGAGGAGGGCGUUGAAGCUGCCAGUCAGGACAUUCAACACAGCCGUUGUGUACUAUCAUAAGUUCCGGUUACAGCAUUCCGAUGGAGAGUACAGCUUUGUGGACGCAUCAGCAGCGGCACUUUUCAGCGCAUGCAAGAUUGAAGACACACUCAAGAAAUCGCGAGACAUUCUAUGUGCGGCGCACAAUGUGAAGGUCCCUAGAACGGAGCAGUUGUCACCCGAUGAUCAGGUCUUUGAACACCACUCCCGCACAAUAAUCGGCCUUGAAAGACUCAUGCUCGAAGCCUCAGGGUUUGACUUUCGCAAUCGCCACCCUCAGGACCUCCUCAUCAAGUUCGCGAAACACUACUCAUUGACCAAAACCUCACCUGUGGUCAAGACGGCAUAUUCGAUCUCCCUAGAUCUCUACAGAACCUGGGCGCCUCUAAAGCAGACGACAGCGACGCUGGCGUUUGCUUGUCUCGAGCUUGCGGGACGGUUGCUGGAGGAGGAAAACGAGGCCAUCUGGAAGGGAGUGGAUUAUAAUGAAUGGAGGGUUGAGAGGGGGAUGGUGAUGGAAACUCUCCUGGACCUCCUCGAACUCUACACCCACCACCGCACCUCGACCGUGAUCGGACCAACCUUCCCUGUCGACACGUUCCUCGAAGUGCGCAUCCCGCUGAACCUCGAGUCCGAGGAGAAGAACAUCCCGCGCUACACGGCGUGGGUGGAAACCUACGGGCUGUCCGCGACCGACUACGCCAAAGCCGGCCUCGGCCAUCACAACGUCAACGGCACGGGUGCCAUGAACGGCUCCAAGUCUGGCGCUUCAAGCAAGAAUGUCAGUCCGCGAGACGUGACGAGUCCGCGCCGCGGCAGUGCGAGCACGACCACCACGUCCGGGGCCGCUGGCAACGCGGGCUCCGUGUCCGGCGCGGGCUCUGGGGCCGUCGCGGCGAUCAAGCAGCGUGUCGGCGAGAGAGGGCGCGAGGGCACGGUGCGCUUCAUCCUCAACCCGGAUCGGGAGAGGGAAGAGAAGGCCAUCAUCGAGCUGUUCCGCAAGCCUUGAAGAAUCCUCGACAAAGGACUAUAGGUCAAGCCGACCACGAGACGAUUCGGUUCGUUACGAUACGAUACGAUACGAUACGAUACGA